GCGGUUUUUUUUUGGUUCAGUCUGUAGGCUGCUUCAAGACCGAGAGCUUAACGAGGAGUUGGACUAACGUAGCUCUUCAACACCGCGGGACCAGGCAACUGCUGCAAUGUUGUUAUUGAGCUAAAAUUACACAUUUGUUGACUGUAAUACAUGACAGCACACAACAGAUAUGGAGCUUCACAAGUCUGUGACCUUGUGGAUAUUUUGUGUGUGCCUAAUUGGAGAGAGUACAUUUGAAAAACCAAGUUCUGCUACAGGGGAGAGUCAAAAUGGUGAAAACGGCAUAUCAGAAUUUUGUCGUAUCGAUGACCCACUAUGCAAAGAUAACAAUGCCGUUCUCACCUUUGAGGCUAUCCGUAGUAUCCACAAGCAGAUGGACGAUGACGCAAACGGCAACGUAGAUGUAGUAGAGACGGAUGGCUUCCUCCGAGAAGACCUUAACUACCAUGACCCCAAGGCCAAGCACAACAGUUUUCAUGGCGAUGACCAGUUCAUCAGUGUGGAGGAUUUGUGGAACUCAUGGAAGGGUUCUGAAGUGUAUAAUUGGACAGUAGAUGAAGUGGUAGAAUGGCUCAUCACCUACGUGGAACUGCCUCAGUAUGUGGAUACUUUUCGCAAGCUGGCUUUCAAUGGAAGUGUUAUGCCAAGGCUUGCUGUGAAGAACGCCACCCUGACAGUCUCCAUUCUGAAGAUUCUGGAUCGCAGCCAUGUGCAAAAAUUACAACUCAAAGCUUUGGACACUGUGCUUUUUGGACCACCCUUGAUGAGUCGACACAGCCACUUGAAGGACUUCAUUCUGGUGGUGUCAAUAGUCAUAGGGAUGGGCGGCUGCUGGUUUGCCUACAUACAGAAUCGUUACUCAAAGGAGCACAUGAAGAAAACGAUGAAGGACCUGGAGGGCUUACAGCGAGCUGAGCAGAGUUUGCAUGACCUACAGCAGAAACUGCAGAUUGCCCAGGAGGAGCAUCGGACAGUUGAAGUGGAGAAGGUGAACCUGGAACAGAAGCUGAGAGAUGAGAUAAAUGCUGCAAAGCAAGAAGCUCAGCGACUGAGAGAGCUGCGAGAAGGCUCUGAGAAUGAACUGAGUCGGCAGAAGUAUGCAGAGGAAGAGCUGGAACAGGUCCGCAUGGCUCUAAAGAAAGCUGAGAAGGAGCUGGAGUCACGGAGUGGCUGGUCACCACCAGAACCUCUGCAGAAGUGGCUGCAGCUUACCCACGAGGUAGAGGUGCAGUACUACAACAUCAAGAAGCAAAAUGCUGAACGGCAGCUCCUGGUGGCCAAAGAAGGGGCAGAGAAAAUAAAGAAAAAGAGGAGUACUCUCUUCGGGACAUUCCAUGUGGCUCACAGCUCCUCAUUGGAUGAUGUGGACCACAAAAUAUUGGCUGCAAAACAGGCCCUUGGCGAGGUGACCGCUGCUCUGAGGGAAAGGCUGCAUCGCUGGCAACAGAUAGAGAUUCUCACAGGCUUCAAUAUUGUCAACAACCCAGGCCUUCCCUCGUUGGCCUCAGCCCUCAACCUUGACGCCAGCUUCAUGGGCAGCAGAGCCACACCUCAGCACUUUGUCAUGUCUGACGACAUGGACGACUUGGACGAAGGCAUGGUGCCUGGAAAUCUGCAAUCUCCCAGUAUGAUGUCCCUGCGCCAACGCCACAUUGACCCUCAGCUGGCAUUAGGUUCCCAGAGGUUGGUAGAGAGUUCCCUGUUGGCAGGGCAGCAGGGAGAGGGAAACCCUCAACCAUCUAAGUCUAGGCCUACCUUCAGACAGUCUCGAAGCCAUUCAUUUGGGCAACUUGAAUGUCUUCCUCUGCAAACUCUCUCCUCAGCCCUCUCUCACCCGUCAGUCAUUUGUGCUUCCAACCCAAUCCCUCAGUCUGUGCCAUCCUUGUCCUCUUCCUCCUCCUGCUUGCCCAGCACCGUUGCUGGCGGUGUUGCCCUUCAUUCCUCCCAUGUACAUCAUGCUGCUUUCCAGCCCAUGGACCCCAUUCCUGAUUAUAUCUCCAAAGUUCACUCCUCAUGCAGCGACAGUCUCGGGGACUUGAACCGCUCCGACUCUGACUCCUCGUUGUCCCUCUCACAAGUGGGCGAUCGGCUCUCGGCCUACAGCUCCAAAAGCUACCUAAUCAAACCCACCUCUCUUAUGUACGGGCUGCCCGGACGGGCAGACGACACGGUCUCCCUGCACUCCCUCACCUCUAACGGAGGGAACCGCAUUUAUGAAGGAGGCACUGCUGAGGUUGUUUCUGGCAGCCCAAUCCUCAUGAAGGAAAUUCCCCACAUGGAAAAGUCGCCCAGCCUGGGAGAGAUCAACAACUUCUCCGAGUCAUCCCGUUCUUUUAGCCCCAACUCAACCGAGCCGGAUACGCCAUCCCCAACGGGAGUCCAAAUUGGAGUUGUGGGGGCCAAAGGUAGCAGUCGCAUCCCACAGCUGACCACCAAAAAGAGUCUUCUGGAGGAGGACAGUGGCUCAACAGGAGAAGACACAGAUCCCACCGUCAUCCGCAAGAAACACCCCUUUAAAAUCUUCAAGAAACAGAAGAAAUAAGAGCAACAUGAACUGAAAGGCUAUCAAAGCUGCUUGACUGUAUUCCUUAAAAUGUUUUCUUUUUUUUUAUGUCGGGUUUUAUUUUGGUCAAAAGAUGGCAAAAUUUGUCGCCAUUGCAUCUUUUCUGUAGGUUACAACACCUACUUUGGACUGUGGGAGCAACCAGCUGCUUUGCUUUAUCUGCUUAUUUGGUCAGUGUUCGAACCUGAGGGAAACGCGCAGGUCUGUACAUUGGAAUGUAAAGUAUUAUUUAUUCCUGCAGGAAGUUGUGCCUGUCUGAAAGGGAAACGUCUCCCUCUUGGUUAUUCUUUCUCGUUUUACAAUUCUGACAGUUUGCAUGUCUUCACUUUUGUUUGACUGAUAUGCUCUUAGUGUUUGCUCGGUUCUUGUUGUUAUUCAACUUAGAAAGUACUUGCUUUGAUUACUACCUAACCAUCUAUUCUAUAGAUUCAAAUGAAUGCUCACCGUUUUUUGUGUUUUGUUCUCUUUUCUUUUUUUUUUACUGGUAAGUACAAGUGUUUCUGUCUUUUGUUGUCUUGCAGGCAGAAUGUAUGAUUAUAUGGUACAUUUAGAGAAACGACAAAAUAAAAGUGGUAGUCACAGCUUUGAAAAAUGUAAUGAUUUAAAUACAGUGUAUCAGUAAUGGCUAGUUGAUCGAAUUUGCUAGAAGGACGUCUGCUAAUAAUGUUACAAAACGACAAUCAAAAUUUAGGGUAAGAGCAAUUAUUUUUUAUUUUUAAAUAUUACUUGUUCACCCUAUAAAAUAUUGGAAAGUUUUCUCUCUUGCUUUAAAGUCCAGCUUUAUUAAACUUUAAUCACUGAUUAAAAUUAAUUAAAUGAGUUUUAAUACUUGACAAAAAUACUGCACCACAAGACACUGACCUCUAGUUUUACUUGACCUUAUAAACCCACAUGCACAUAUUGUAUAAAUUAGAAUUUAAUUUAAAAGUUAACAAGUCAUUUAGUUCAAAAAGUGAAACUCAUUACGCAGAGUGAAAACUUUCAGAAAUUCUGUAAAUUUUAAGGAUCAUGGUUUACAGCUAGGGAAAAUCCUAAAUUCAGUUUUUCAGAAAGUGUAUAUGUUACAUUAGACUUAUUAAAAUACUUUCAAUACAGAAAUGUUAUGUUAUGGCCUACAUAUUCAAGUGGAAGACUGCUGAUAUGUUUUUCAACCAGUCAUUGACACCAUCCAUAUGUAGGGUAAGCCCCAAAAGGGUGUUGGCUGCUGUCAGUGUUGACGGUCUGUCCCAUCAAAGCAUGGGAUUGGAAAGUUGAGUGGAAGGAAAAAGUGUAGCACCAACAAAAUGUACAGUCAACAAGGGUAAUGGCAGCCUUGAAAGCAUUGUAAAGCAUGAGUGAUAAUGAUACAUUAUACAGAUUAACCCAGGUAAAAUGCUUCUUACAUCUCUGGUUAAGGAAUGGCUUGACGCAAGAAAUGCAACAGCUGCUACCUAUGUCCUGGAUAUGUCAGUGUAGUGGUUUUUGAAACUCAUACUCCAGCCACUGUCAGCACCUAGUGACUCUCCCCCCAAUUAAUCUUAAAUAGUUUCAAGGCUAUUCCUUCUUGGUUGUGUAUCCUUUUUACACUUUUUCCUUCCGCUCAAGUCCCUGUUUAUGUGGGACAGUCGGCUCACUCUGAACCGCCAGCUUUUUUUUAGUAAUGUUUUGUUGCUUAACCACUGUGUGGAGUCCCAUCAAUGACUGCUGACGUCUCCUACACACCUGUCCUCCCUAUGAUCUUGGAGAUCACAAAAUGCUACAUAAUAUUAAAUUUUUUUUGAGAAACUGGAUUUUGGGUUUCCAUCAGUUACCAUUCAUAAUCAUCAAAAAUGAAACAGAAUUGUAAAACCAAUUGAAAUAUACCACUGUGUGCGAAUUAGUUUUGAGUUUGUUUUUGAAUAUGACUAAAAUCAAUUUUUUGAUGCGCUUGUAUGUUUUGUCAUAGACAGAUAAAGGUGAUUCCUGAAGAUCAGAUCUCACAUUUUUCAGUAAUGAGUUUGAUUAGAAAGGUAAAACUUUAAACUGGUUCUCCCGUUCUGUGUCUUACUGAUACCCUUUUUUCCCUAAAUUCAAUGUAAAACAAAAGUGAGGGUUUGGCUGUUGGUAAGGGCUAUAAUUACAAGGAUACUUAUUUGCUCAAUUUAAGAAUAAAAUGUUACUGCUUAACAUUGCUUUUUCUAAAAGACUACGCUCAAGUUGUGGAGGCAAAAAAAAAAAAAAAAAUCAUGUAAAAGUGCCAAAUUUCUGUUUUCAUCAGAGGCCUUCGUAUUCGUGGUGUGUUCAAUCCCUUGAGCCCCUUUUACCCAGAAUACAGAACACCACAAUGUACACUGUACUGUACAUCCAGAGUCUAUAUACUGAAUGUCCAAGGGUAUUGUUACUGUAACAGUACCAUAGGUACAAAAUGUUUACAUUUGUUACAGAGUUCAAUUCUCAGAUUAUUACAACGAGGAAUGUUGUGCCAGUUUUAAUGCAAGUUGCUUCGUUUUAAGCACAGAACUAUGCAUCAGUAGUUGUAGUUGAUUUCUGAAGUAGUGAGGAUGCCAGUACUUUUAGGGUGCUCCUGAUAAAUGAUUAACCAAAAAAGUGAACACAGUUCGUCUCCCCUUUGGCCUCAUAAUCUAACAGGUGGUUUGGAUGCAGAAGACUUGUUUUAACGACUUUAUUUCAGAAACCAUCUUAAAAAAUCUAAUUUCUUACUGGUACUUUUUUAGUGUAGUUUCUACCUUUCUCCUUUUUUUUCCCCCUGCAUGACAGUUGUUAAUUGAAAAUGCCAUCUGAAUGUGUGUGUGUGUAUGCGAGUGUGUCUCUCCUCCCAGUAUAUUGCACUGUAAUGUUGAUGCAUGUCAACUAUCAUAACAAAACCUAUAUUGGGUUAAAAGAAUGAAUCAGCUCAAGCUCUACCCUCGCUACCCACCUUCUCAUUUUGAGCAUAUAUUUAUGAAUACAUGCAGUAUAUUUGUACAGGGAAAAUGAUAAUUUUGCAUCUGUGGUGGUCUAAACUUUGAUGGCACUCUUGCAUGAUGGCAAUAAACUAUUUUGAAUGAAAA